GAAAAGACAAGACAACAUGGCGGACACUGAAGCUGCGUCUGAGCAAGCACCACAGGCUUCUCCAACAGAGGAAAAUUCCCAAAGUAAACCCGAGGCAAUGGAAACAUCUCCACAUGCCGAGAUAGGCUUGACUGAAAACUUACAGAAAGUAAUAGAAAAAGAAAAAGAAGAAGUUGAUAAACCAACAAAACCAAAGGUAGACUUACAGUCCUUACCAACAAGGGCAUACCUUGACCAAACUGUUGUACCUAUUCUUCUUCAAGGCCUUGCAACUUUGUCAAAAGAAAGACCACCAAAUGCUAUUGAAUAUCUGGCCACUUAUCUUCUGAAAAACAAAUCACAGUUUGAAGACAACGAUUCUUAAAGAAUAUAAUGUAACAUGAUUUGCUUUUUGAACUGUCUACUGUAUAUAUAUAUGAGUUUCCUGGGAAUGUACAUCUUGUGACUUAAAUAAAGUACUCUUUUAAAAAUCUAAAAA